AUGAAAGUGACGUACAGUCAACAAACAGGUAACCACACCAAUUUUGUUCUACAAAGCAUAGUAGGUUGUUUGAUAACGAAACCUGUUGCAAUAAUUGGCAGAACUGCUAUCAACGUGACUGCUGCUGAUGUCAACAUUAUACGUACUACUCCGGAUGGACCUGAUGUUCUAGUCUGCAUUACAAUCAGCCUCCCUGAUGGAGGAGGUACUGUUGCUGCAUCUAAAGUAGUGCUGGCUCUUAACACUAGCAGCGCGAGACAAAGGUUUCAAGCUGUUGGUUUGACAUUAGGCCAAGUCUUCAUCAACGGUACGGUUUCUUUUCCUACUACUACUACAUCAGUAUCUUCAACAUUAUCAGAAACUCCACAUACCAACGAACCAACAACUGUAUCGAGUAUUACAACAGCAUCGACACCCAUGGCUAACAGUGAAGGAACAACUUCAACUUUAUCAAAUACCAACGAAUCAACAACUGUAUCGGGUAUUACAACAGCAUCAACACCCAUGGCUAACAGUGAAGGAACAACUUCAACUUUAUCAGAAACUCCACAUACCAACGAAUCAACAACUGUAUCGGGUAUUACAACAGCAUCAACACCCAUGGCUAACAGUGAAGGAACAACUUCAACUUUAUCAGAAACUCCACAUACCAACGAACCAACAACUGUAUCGAGUAUUACAACAGCAUCAACACCCAUGGCUAACAGUGAAGGAACAACUUCAACUUUAUCGGAAACUCCACAUACCAACCAAUCAACAACUGUAUCGGGUAUUACAACAGCAUCAACACCCAUGGCUAACAGUGAAGGAACAACUUCAACUUUAUCAGAAACUCCACAUACCAACGAAUCAACAACUGUAUCGGGUAUUACAACAGCAUCAACACCCAUGGCUAACAGUGAAGGAACAACUUCAACUUUAUCGGAAACUCCACAUACCAACGAAUCAACAACUGUAUUGGGUAUUACAACAGCAUCAACACCCAUGGCUAACAGUGAAGGAGCAACUUCAACUUUAUCGGAAACUCCACAUACCAAAGAAUCAACAACUGUAUCGGGUAUUACAACAGCAUCAACACCCAUGGCUAACAGUGAAGGAACAACUUCAACUUUAUCAGAAACUCCACAUACUAACAAACCAACAACUGCAUCAGGUAUUACCACAACAGCAUCAACACCCACAACUAACCGAGAAGGAACAACAGUAACGUUUCUCAAUGUAACAGCCGAACAGCUUAAUGAAACCAAGUUUAAGCAAGUUGUUGCUAAAUUUGUAUCUGCUUACUGCACUGAAAAUGAUGCAUGUUCACAGUCAACAAGCAAACCUGCCGUCAACUUGACUGCUGCUGAUGUCAAUCUUAUAUCUAUCACUCAGAAUGGAUCCGAUGUUGUAGUUGAUUUCACAGUCAGCCUGCCUGAUGGAGGAAUUGCUGUUCCUGCAACUGCAGUAGUGAUGGCUCUUGACACUAGUAGUGUAAAACAAGACUUUCAAGAUAUUGGUUUGUCAUUAGGCCAAGUCUCUAUCACCAACCCAACUACUUCUCAACCUACCACGCCCUCAGAUUCAGAUUCUGCUCUAACAACUGCCGGGAUCAUUGGUGUCGUUGUCGGUGCAGUUGGAGGUGUCAUUCUCAUCAUAAUCGUCAUUUUCUAUUGCAGCAUAGGUAAAACUACUACAAAAGUGAAACCAUCAAAUGAUGAUGAACUAGCACUGCAACCAAUGAAAGCUUCUGCUGAUCCUCACAUAGAAGACGAGAACUACACAGACACCGUUUAAUGAUGAAAAGUAUGACAUUUACACACGACUAUAGUUCAUUUGAUUAGCUGCCGAGUUUGCAUAGCAGGUUGUGUUUUGCUUGUGUUUAUCUGCAUCUUAGCUGUGUCUUAGCACAAUUUUCUGACCAAGGGGUUUGGCUGUGACUGUACUCUAUAUCUAUUCCAGAUUUGACUAUAGAGAUAUUCCAUAAAAUAGGUGAAGUGAUUGUAACUUUGCGUUUCUUUCUGUGGCAAAGACUUUUUCAACCUGUCUGUCU